UCGCAUUUUGUAAAUAGAAGUUUUGCAUUCGAGCUUCUGGUUGCCAUUGAGAUGCAACUCCGUUAUUUUAGGUCCACUGUUCAAUGAAGGAAACAUAAUAAAACUGUACAGGAAUUGAUUAACUACAUUCUUCAUUAGCAAAGAUGUCUGAAAAGCAUUCUUCAGAUUUGGCGAGGGACAAAGCGGCUCGUCUGUUGAAGAAAAGGGGCAGUGCAUCAUCACUAUUAAGCAGUAGUGAAUAUGGAGCACGAUAUCGACCAACCGGGUCAAUGAGCACGGUGUCCUUCAUGGAUGACCCCCAUGACAUUGCCCGUGUUGGCCAGAAUAUGAAGCUAGAGCCAACCUACCAGUUGAAUCCAACGGUCAAAUUCCCAGUCAAACAGAUCAAGGACAUUCUGCAAGAUGCCCUUGAGGGGUACUUAGGGGAGGAGAAGUACGAGCCUGAGCUAUGUAAACAGAUGACAAAGACAAUAUCAGAGGUGGUUAAGGCCAGAGUAAAGGAUCUACGAUUGAAACGUUACAAGAUCAUUGUCGUCAUCCACAUCGGGCAGCUCAAUGACCAAGGUAUGCGCAUCUCAAGCCGGUGUUUAUGGGACGACUCCAACGAUAACUUUUCUACUCAUGAAUUCAGCAAUAACUCACUAUUUGCGGUUGCGAUGGUCUACGGGGUGUACUAUGAGUAGAAAGGGGGUGAUGAAAAGGGAAGGAAAGGCAUUUAUUUAAGAUAAUUAAGGUAUUAUGAUAUUUAUUCAAGAAAUAUUUUAUUUCAAUAGGCGGAAUCUAAAGUUGAUUCUGUAGCUGAGGGCUCCCAAGUCCAGAGGGCCCACCUCUCUUGUCUUGGAGUUCAGACAAGGCUGUUCAAUGCUUUGGUGGCACACAGCAAGUCUGUUUACCUCCCCAGCAUAUGCCAGUAAUCAUUUUACUCCAGGUAGAGAGAUACAAAAUGUAAAUAAAGUGUCUUGCCCAAGGUCACAACAGAAGCAAGGGUUUUGGACCAUUGACCUCAAGGUUGAUAGUCUGUGGCACAACCACUUCACCAACCACUCUCUUUGGGACCUAGAUAAAAGUUGAUUUAUUUACACUGGACGUUUCUGGAAUAGUAGCACAUUGUGACAGCAUGAGGAAUAAUUUACUAGAAUAUAUUUGAUACUUAAUCUGAUAACACAAAUUAAAAUAAAUGUAUUCAUAAUAUGAAAAUACUUAUUGUAUUAUUUUUGCUAAACCAGUAAUAAAUAUUUAGUUAAGAUGCUGGUAAAAGUGUGGGAAUAGAUACCAGUUCACUGUUUGUUAAUCAUGUUGCUCACUCAUUUUGUAGUUUUAACAAAUUAUCUUUAGGUACAUCUCAGUAUAGGGUCAACUCUUUUUAACUGAUUUCAUAUCACAUAUUUUUUGUGAAGCGUAGCUGUGUGUAUGUAAGUACAGAAGUUACAAUAUAAAGUAGAUUUGAUUAUAUAAGGAUUAUUAGUAGUAAUUACCAAAACACACCUUUUUAUUUUUAAACUCAAAUAAUUAGCAAAAGAUUUUUACUUAAUUCAUGCAUUGUGUUUCAACUUCAUAAAAAAAAGUGGAUUGUAUAUGAUUUUUAAAGGUUUUUUUAAAGGUUUUAUUGUACUGUAGAUAAGCAUUUUAUCAAUGAAUUUCAAAAUUGUUUUUAAUUCUAUAUAUCUACCCCUCGUUAAUUCAAAUAAUUAUCAAGAUAUAUCAUUUUUUCAUUGAUUUGCAUGUAAAUAAUUGAACAAAACUUUUUUUUAUACAAUUAAUGCAUUUCCUCCCCCUUUGUGUGAUUUGGUAAGCAUUUCAAAUUAUAUAUACAGUAAUAUUCUAUGUCCUGGUGAUUGAGAGAAGUACUUUUUUACCUAAUUAAUUUGUAUCUGCUAUCAAUGAUGAUAAUUAUUAUGUAUAGGUUAAAUUUUGUUCAUGAACGGUAUUGCAAUUCUGCCCUAUCAUGUUUUGAACUAUAUAAAAAUAAUUUUUAUUUUUAAAUUAUAUAAAAUUUAAUAUUUACAUUUGAUAGGACAUUGUAUGAAUCAUACAUUGUUGAUGAAUGUAGUGGGUGGACCCAGAGAACAUUUCCCGUUCCUCGGUUUCUCUGUCUUUGUUCCCCUUAUCUUUCCUGAUUUGAAUGCCAACAUUAUAAACAAUAAAUUCAGAAAUGUUUAUUUCCCAUGUAUGCUCCCUUGCUUCUUUGCUUAUCAAAAAUGCUGUUUUAUAUAGUGGCAGUUUCAGGUGCCAUGAGGAAUAUUCCCCCCCCCCCCUUCCCAACAUUUUGAAUGCUAAAAUUUCAUAUUUACUCAUUGAAAUAUCCUUACCUCCUAGUGCCCCUGUUUUAAUAAUCCUCUCUCCGGCCCCGCUAUCCACAGUAUAUCACCUCAAUUGAUUUCCGUCCAGUUUAAUCUGCAAACUCCAUUAUGUAUGAGGUGAUUGACACAAAGUGAUUUCAUUGCCAAAUUACUGAACAUUCCAAAUGCUUUAAUCAUGCCAUGAUUUUAUAAGGGAUUAUAUUUUGAGUACAUUAUUAUAUUAUAUGCCAGCAUAUGCGAUUUGUAUAUAAUUCAUUUUUAGCCGUAUUAUUUCCAAAUCAUGUUAAUAGUUCAUUGUGACAAUGAUAAUUGUGAUAUUAAUGCCUAUGAUUAAACAGUGCAUACAUUUAUGUAAAAUAUAUAGCAAACACUAGAACCAUUCAAUAUAUAUAAUUAAUAUGUUAUAAAAGCAAUUUCUUAUAUUGUAAUUAAUAAUGGAUAUAUUAUAAUCAUUAUUAUUUUAUAAAUAUAAUGCUGUUACAUAAUGUAAUGGCCAUUUAUAAGAUAUGGAAUGUUAGAUGCACAUUACACUUACUGCAAAACUCAUAUAUUGAAAGUAUUAAAUAAAUAAACCCUAUUUUUUUUAUAGUAUAUAUACAUUAUAACAUUCUAAGUGACUCUAAUAUGAUGUAAUAUUGUUUUCCUUAAUUCGCUAUUUUUUAAUUAUCCAGUUAAAGUAAGUAUUAUUCCAAAAUAAGUAUAUUUUGAGAAACUCACAGCGCCUGCUUUUUGUUUGUACAAAUUAGUAAUCUGUAACAUUAUUAAUGUAUUUCCUUUGUUGCUGUUUCAUAUUUUAGUCCUUAUAAAGCCUGGUUUCCAUGAAAUCGCUACACGCUAUUGCUGACAGCUUUUGGCAACGCUGAUUGGUCAGUUUAACAAUUGCAGUGUAGUGAUUUUAUGCAAAUCAGUCUAAGUUUUAGCAAAUAGUAUAGAACUGCAAUUCUAUACUCUUUGGUUUUAGUUAAUGUAUAUUCAUAGUCUAGUUGUAGCGGUUAUGUGUGUUCAGGAUAUGACCUGGUGAAAAACAACUCCUCAGUUAACAAUUUUCUGUUAUUGAAAAAGAUUUAAUAUCAUUAUCCGUCCAAUUUUUUUUUUUUCAUAAUUUGUUACUCCAUCUGCAUAAUUUGUGAUAAUAUAAUAUGAUAUGAACAAUCUAUAUUUAUACAAUGCGUUAUUCUUUACAAAUGUAAUAAGAGAGCAGUUGAGUGUUAGAUAUACCAAGCUAAUAAUAAAAAUAUAAUGCAGGCGUCGCUACACUAACCUA